AUGUAUGCCGUGCUUGCAUUAUUUGCGCUCUGCGUCCGUAUCGCUUCCGGCAGCAUACUGCUGUUUGGUCCGGUGCGCCCGAACACGCUGGCGUGCACCACCGACUACUACGGGAUAGGAGCGGAGCCCCAGGUGCCCGAAAAGCAGCUCGAAAAGGUGAAAGACUUCCCCCAAGUGACGAUCGCCCCCGUCAUCGAGACGGCGUUUUACACCGGUUACGCCAACCAGCUCUCGGAAUGCGUGAUGCGUCUGCGCAAGGAAUACCUCGAGCUGAACCAGGACCUGGUCUACCCGAGCGUGCUACACCGACUGAGCCUCUUCGUCGCUAAGGACUACGUGCGCGCGCACACGGCCAUGGCUGACCUUCACAUGCUGAAGAUGCUGCACUUCUCGCAGCGGCUGCUGCUGGGUUACUCUAACAGCAUCCUGACCGAGCCACCGCACCAAACGGUGGAGAUUCGCGCCGAGAAGUACUGCAACGCCUGCGUGUACGUCGAUGUAUCCGAGAAGUUGGGGCGCUACCGCACCAAGCGCGCCUUGAAGCUCUCGGCGGAGGUGAAGCGCCUGGUGGCAAACAUCAACAACAUCCCGUCCGUGAAGGUCACUGGAAAGAUAAGCCUGUUGGUCGACGCCUUCUGCGCCCCUUCGCUGGUGCUAAUCGCAGGAGGACCUAUUGUUUUGUUUGGGUUCCACUUAUUGUUUUAA